AUGAAGGCCGAGAACAACGACGCAGUCUGGGUACAUCCGCCUGCCGGCGAUGUCGACGAGGAAGCCCAGGCGGACGUGGUUGACAAGGAAGAAAGCGGCGACACGGACGCGACCCUUCAGACGGAGGCGGCAGGGCCACAAGUGCCAGUGGUCAAGAGCUCAGGGCCGCCACCCAACGGUGGUCUCUGGGCAUGGCUGCAGGUGGUGGCAGCCUUUAGCAUCUUCUUCAACACCUGGGGGGUGCUCAACACGUUUGGCAUCUUCCAGACAUACUACGAGACAGGCGCACUCUUUUCCGAGACGUCGUCCAAUAUUGCAUGGAUCGGCGCGAUCCAGGCCUACUGCACCGUCUCGCUAGGCCUGGUGGCUGGCCCCAUCUAUGACCGCGGCCAUCUGUCCGGCCUGCUGAUCGUGGGCACCUUCCUGGUCGUCUUUGGCUUUAUGAUGCUGAGCAUCUGCACGGCCUUCUGGCAGGUCGUUUUGGCCCAGGGUUUCUGUGUCGGCAUCGGCGCCGGCAUGCUCUUCGUGCCAUCACUGGCCCUGUUGCCGACGUACUUUUCGUCGCGGCUCGGCCUCGCCGUCGGCCUGGCUGCUUCGGGCUCGUCGCUCGGAGGCGUUGUCUACCCCAUUGUCUUUUACCGCCUCAUCGGCCGCAUCGGCUUCGGCUGGACCGUGCGUGUCAUCGCCUUCAUCUCUCUCGCCACACUGCUCGUGCCCUUGUCGGUGGCCCGGCAGCGCGUCCGACCGUCGCAGGCCCGUGCCCUGCUCGACUGGACCGUCCUGCGCGACCUCCCCUUUCUCGUCUUUACCUUUGCCACACUGCUCGGCUUCAACGGCCUCUACGUCAUGCUCUUCUACCUCUCGUACUAUGCCGGUGAGUCGGGCUCUACCUCGGCAGAAAUGGCCUUUUACAUUGUGCCCAUUCUCAACGCUGCCUCCAUGUUCGGCCGGACUAUCCCCAACUACGUUUCCGACAAGACGGGGCCAAUUAACUUGUUCGGUCCGGCUGCCAUCGUCUGUUCCGUGCUCACCUUUUGCAUGAUCGCCGUCAAGGACCUUGCCGGCGUCGUUGUUGUCGCCAUCCUCUUUGGCUUUUUCUCUGGCGUCUUCAUCGCCCUUCCUGGAGUCUGCUUCGUUCAUCUGACUGCGGACAAGUCUAAGCUGGGCACCCGUAUGGGCAUAGCCUUUGCCACCCUUGGCUUUGGCGUGCUGACCGGAGGGCCUGGUACCGGCGCCAUUAUCGGCUCUGAUGACACUGACCUGCAUUGGACCAGCGCCUGGGUCUUCGGCGGCUGCACCAUGGCAGGGUCUGCUGUUAUGUUGAUAGCUCUGAGACUUUACCUAACUAAAGGGAAAUUGGCAGUCAAGAUAUAA